GGUUGUGUGUGGUCUUUGACCAGUGGGGCCAGCUGUCCCCCAAGGAGGGGCCAGCCCUUCUUGCUUUGAACCCACUGGAGGCCCCAUCCACGGCAGGAGAAACUGACAGUCCGGCUGGAGGCCCGGGCCAUCCCGCAGCUGGGACCAGUAACUGACCUCAGCGGGAAGGCUGCGUCCAGCCUCGUCCCGUGAACUCCCAGCACUGGUGCCAGCUCCCCUAGGUAGCAGGCAUCCUCCACGUGGUGUGUCUGCUGAGAAAGUGGGUUUGUGACCAAGUCCCUACACAAGGGACGCUGGCAGGGGCAGGCCCUCCCCCCCACCCCCGCCCCGCUCCCAGCUUGCUGUGAUGUGUGCACUUCACUCUGAUCUGUGCGGUGGCACAGCUGGGCCUUGUGUCAUGAGGACAUGAACACAUCAGGACCACAGAAGGCCCAAGCUGCAGGGACGAGUGUGCCUCUUAGUUCACAGCCUCACAAUUACAACAUGGCUGCUGUGGCACCCAGCAGCGCAACCUCACCCAACUAGGAGCAAAGGCAUGAAGCAAGGCACCCACCAUGGUGACGGGAAGUCUUCCCAGAGGCCUUGGCGCUUUGCCGUGGGACCCUCUGCUGUCCAAGGCGUGUUUGCAAGACAGGGCUGGGUUCUGGAGCAGAAGGGAACAGGGCUGGUAGGUAGGAUGCAGCUAGUGUGGCGCUGCCCCCUUCAAAGCCAAGCUCCUGAGCCCUGAGUGUGCUCAGACCUCCUGGGGAGACAGUGCUGCUGGGGCUGGAGGGCGUGCUUGCCAUCGGGGGACCCGCAGAGCGCCAGCAGAAGAGGAGCGUGCCUGUGUUCCAGGGAGACAGCUUGCAAAGCAGUGGGCAGGACUAGGGAAUCACCAGGCCGGUACAGUCCCUGCUGACUUCCCUGGGACUGCUGCCAGAGCGGGGCUCUUACCACCCUGGGCCGCAGGUGCAAAGCGAAAACCAGAAAGGCAGGGCCCUGGGAGAGGAGCUCUGGCUCUGGCAGCCCCACUAGGGGGAGCUGGGGACUCAACACCCUGAGCUUGUUACUGCCCUGUCGUCCAACUCCUACCAGAAGCCAGAGGGUACUGGAGCCCUGGUCACGCAGCCCACCAGGUCCAGGCCGUGGAGCAGGGCGAGACAGAACAGAGAGGCAUCUGGGGGCAAAUGACACCUAGCACCAGUGCCCCCCGGAGACGUACCGGUGGGCAUGGGGACAGGACAACCGAGGAAACAGUCUCCCCGCACGCUGGCCAGGCUCUCCCUUCACACCAGCGUCUGCCAGACCUGCUCCGGCCACAGCAGCCGUGGCUGCAGGGCCUCCCUUCAACCCCCAGUUACAGAUGGGCCCGCUGAGGCCGGGGCACUGCCUAGCCAUCCCCUGGCUGCAUGGAGGCCGCGGCCUUCUCACGUGGACUUUGAGUACAAACUGGGGAGUGGGAGGCGAAAGCCUGUUCUGCAUCUCAGCACUGUGGCCCUUAGCUUCCUGCCACGGGUCAGCUGCACUGAUUCUCAGGGACCGGAGGGACGUGAAGAAAUGCUCCCUCUCACUGCCAGGACUUUGUUCCUGCCUGAAUACCCUUCCCUUUCACCGAAAAUCACAUCUUCCUGUUUCAAGAUUGAAAGGCAGGGGCUGGCACUGAGGCACAUCAGGUAAAGCCACUGCCUGCAGUGCCUCCAUCCCAUAUGGGCGCCGGUUCAAGUCCUAGCUGCUCCUCUUCCAAUCCAGCUCUCUGCUGGGAAAGUAGUGGAAGAUGGACCCUGCACCCACGUGGGAGACCUGGAAGAAGCUCCUGGCUCCUGCCUUCAGAUCAGGACAGCUCCGGCCGUUGUGUCCAUUUGGGGAAUGAACCAGCGGAUGAAAGACCUCUCUCUCUCUUUCUGCCUCUUCUGCUCUGUACCUCUGCCUUUCAAAUAAAUAAAAACACUUAAAAAUGUUUUUUAAAAAGACAAAUUUAAAAAAAGAAAAGGAAAAAAAUAAAAAGAAGAAGAUUGAAAGGCAGAGUUAACAGAGAGAAAGCUUCCAUCUGCUGUCUCAGUUCCCAAAUGGCUGCAAUGGCCAGGCUGAAGCCAGGAGCCAGGAAGUCCAUCUGGGUCUCCCACAUAGGUGGCAGGGUCCCAAGCACCUGGGCCAUCUUGUGCUGCUUUCCCAGAAGCAUUAGCAGGGAGUUGGAUUGGAAGUGGAACAGCCAGGGCUCUAACUGGUGCUCAUGGGAUGCUGGUGUCACGGGUGGUGGCUUUACCCGCUGUGCCACAAUGCCAGUGCCUUCCCGUUCACUGUUGAUCAUUCUGGGUUGCCAUUGGUGUGUCUUUCCUUUGGACUUGGUAUUCAUUUUUGGUGCUGAGUUAAGCCUGGCCUGCAGUUGGAGCUUAGAAUAUUGCUGGGUAUGGGGCCUGUGCUGUGGCAUAGUAGGUUAAGUCUCCACCUGCGGUGCCAGCGUCCCAUAUGGGCAUUGGUUCAAGUCCCAGCUGCUCUUCUUAUGAUCCAGCUCUCUGCUGUGGCCUGGGAAAGCAGUGGGAGGUGGCCCAAGUGCCUGGGCCCCUGCACCCACAUGGGAGACCUGGAAGAAGAUCCUGGCUCCUGGCUUCAGAUCGGUCCAAUUUUUGCCAUUGUGGCCAUUUGGGGAGUGAACCAGUGGAUGGAAGACUUCUUUCUCUCUGCCUCUGCCUCUGCGUAACUCUUUCAAAUAAAUAAAUAAAAAUUUUAAAAAGAAAAUAUUCUUGGGUAAAUAAAUGAGAUAAAAUAACUACCUGGGAGUGUUCCAGACCCAUAACCCUAGUUAAGAGAUUAGACAAUGGGCCGGCGCCGUGGCUCAAUAGGCUAAUCCUCCGCCUGUGGUGCUGGCACCCCGGGUUCUAGUCCAGGUUGGGGCGCCGGAUUCUGUUCCGGUUGCUCCUCUUCCAGUCCAGCUCUCUGCUGUGGCCCGGGAAGGCAGUGGAGGAUGGCCCAAGUGCUUGGGCCCUGCACCCGCAUGGAAGACCAGGAGAAGCACCUGGCUCCUGGCUUCGGAUCAGCGUGGUGCGCUGGCCAUGGUGGCCAUUUGGGGGUGAACCAACAGAAGGAAGACCUUUCUCUCUGUCUCUCACUCUCACUGUCCACUCUGCCUGUCAAAAAAAUAAUAAUUAAAAAAGAGAUCAGACAAUGGCCAAUCUAGAAGAAAACCUGGCCAGAGUGCUGGGGUGGGAUCGCAGGAGCCCUGGCUGUCAGGAGACUGACUUCCUUUACUUUCCAGACUAUGGGAGAUGGGAAGAGUGGUGUCCCAGGCAGUCACUAAAGGUCAGGCUAUUAACCUAAUUUUAACACCUACUGCACUUGAACCAUGCUUCUGGCUGAACAUCAGCCCCAGACAUCUGAGGAUCGGAGAGAUGGCAUCUCCUGCCUGAAGGUGCACAGCCUGGUCCCUCCCUGUGGACCCGCUGUCCCUGCACCACCCUGCCCCUCCUUCCCCAGACAGCUGCUGGAUUUGAAUAGCCAAGCAGGCUGCUGGAUGUCCGGUAGUGACUGAUUUGCCUGGCAAACAGAGCCCUAAGUCCCUUGCCUUAAUUCCAUGGGGACGCUCACUCCCCCUGGGCCUACCUCCUCUCCCCAUCGCCUCUUGCUUGACCCUCCUUGGGGGUCUCAGUGCUUGUCUGCCCCUGGAGGCUGAGAGGUCCUGCAGGAACUUGGCCCAGGAGAGAAGUGGCUGGCCCAGGGCAGAGGUAACCAGGCCAGCUCCGGCUGCUCCCUGGUCUUGUCACGAAAUUUGCAUGAAGAGAAUGAGGCUCCUCCGGGCUUUCCCCUCCCUUCCCACCUGGGAUAGGUCUCUUGGGAGCUGAGGGCCAACAGCAGGUGCAGGGGGCAGCCCUGUGCAUGUGUGUGGAGCCAUCGCACCAUUCCCGAGGUGAUGCCCCGAGCCUUCCUGGUCAGGAGUCGACGCCCGCAGCCACCCAACUGGGGCCACCUGCCUGACCAGCUCCGGGGAGAUGCCUACAUCCCAGGUGGGCCCCUCACUGGGCCUGGAGGUGAGGGGCAGGGGAGACGCAGCAUCACCGUCUGGCUUCUCUCCUCAGCCUGCAGCAGCCGGGGUGGGCCACCCACACCCCAGUCCUCCAGCCUCGGGGACUCCUGGGCAGCGCCCACACAGGGCACCCUGGCCUCUGCUCCCAGGGGCCCCGGGACACUCGGCUGCCCGCUCUGCCCCAAGGCCUUCCCGCUGCAACGCAUGCUGACGCGCCACCUCAAGUGCCACAGCCCGGCCCGCCGCCACGUGUGCCGCUGCUGCGGCAAAGGCUUCCACGACGCCUUCGACCUCAAGCGCCACAUGAGGACUCACACUGGGAUCCGGCCAUUCCGCUGCGGAGCCUGUGGGAAGGCAUUUACGCAGCGCUGCUCCCUCGAAGCUCACCUCGCCAAGGUGCACGGGCAGCCAGCCAGCUACGCCUACCGCGAGCGCCGCGAGAAGCUGCACGUGUGCGAGGACUGCGGCUUCACCAGCUCGCGGCCCGACGCCUACGCGCAGCACCGCGCCCUGCACCGCCCCGCCUGAGCCGCUCGGCUCAGCCAUCCCAGCCACGAGGCAA